UCUUACGGAAGCCAUUUGAAUUCUCAAGACAACUUCUGAGAGUGGAAAGCUGUAGCAUAACUGAAUUACAAUCUUUGAUUCCACUAGCUUGGACAUCAUUGACACAGAAGCUUAGGAGAGCACCUGGUAUUUCCUUACUGGAUCAAAGAAAAAGAUUCUCAACCAUGCCAGAAAUAGAAACAAAUGAGAGAGACUCUGAAUUGUUUUCACCCCCCUCUGAUGUUCGAGGCAUGACAGAGCUUGAUAGAACAGCUUUUAAAAAGACAGUCACCAUUCCAGUGCUUAAAGUGAAGAAAGAAAUAGUCAAUAAAUUGAUGCGAUCACUUAAAAGGGUGGCACUGCAGCGCCCAGGCAUAAAACGUGUGAUUGAAGAUCCAGAAGAUGAAGAAAGUAGACUAAUUAUGUUGGAUCCCUGUAAAAUGUUUACUCAUGAUCCUUUUGAGAAAGCAGAACUCAGUAUUUUAACACAGCUUAAUGUCAUACCUCAGAUAUCUGAAUAUAAUUUGGAACUAACUUAUGAAAACUUUAAGUCAGAAGAAAUCUUGAAAGCUGUGCUUCCUGAAGGUCAAGAUGUGACUUCAGGAUUUAGCAGAGUUGGACACAUUGCACAUUUGAACCUUCGAGAACAUCAGCUACCUUUCAAGCAUUUAAUUGGCCAAGUUAUGAUUGACAAAAAUCCGGGAAUCACUUCAGCAGUAAAUAAAAUCAAUAAUAUUGACAAUACAUACCGAAAUUUCCAAAUGGAAGUACUAUCUGGAGAGGAGAACAUGAUGACUAAGGUUCGAGAAAAUAACUACACCUAUGAAUUUGAUUUUUCAAAAGUCUAUUGGAAUCCUCGUCUUUCUACGGAACAUAGCCGUAUCACAGAACUUCUCAAAUCUGGGGAUGUCCUAUUUGAUGUUUUUGCUGGUGUUGGACCCUUUGCCAUUCCAGUAGCAAAGAAAAACUGCACUGUAUUUGCCAAUGAUCUCAAUCCUGAAUCCUAUAAAUGGCUGUUGCACAAUUGUAAAUUAAAUAAAGUGGACCGAAAGGUGAAAGUCUUCAACUUGGAUGGGAAAGACUUCCUCCAAGGACCAGUCAAAGAAGAGUUAAUGCAGCAGCUGGGAGUGUCAAAAGAAAGAAAACACUCUGUGCACAUUGUCAUGAACUUGCCAGCAAAGGCCAUAGAGUUUCUUAGUGCUUUCAAAUCCCUUUUAGAUGGGCAGCCAUGCAGCAGUGAGCUCCUUCCCACAGUACACUGUUACAGCUUUUCCAAAGAUGCUGAUCCUGCUGAGGAUGUUCGGCAGCGAGCUGGAGCUGUGUUAGGCAUGUCCUUGGAGGCGUGUAGUUCAGUUCACCCAGUAAGAAAUGUGGCCCCUAACAAGGAAAUGCUGUGCAUCACUUUCCAGAUUCCUGCUUCUAUACUCUACAAGAACCAGAGUAUGAAUCUAGAGAAUCAUGAAGAUCCACCUAUUAAACGACAAAGGACAGAUGAAGGCUUUUCAGAAGAAAAAACACAGAUUGCUUCAAACACUUAAUUGGAAAUUUUUUCUCCAUCUCCUCACUUGCCUUUUGUAUGAUUAUAAUUUGUACGAUUUAAUAAAAUUUUAGUAUCCGGGUACUUAACUCUUGAA